CUGACUCGGUGAUCGUCUGAUCGGGUCUGUCCGGAGAACUUCCUGUAUUAAAGUCCAGCUGUUUUCUGGUUCAGAAACCACCUCCAGCUGAGCUGAAAUAGCGCUGCGGUGGGAAUCAGUCUAAGCCAGUAUUUACAGUGUUUACAGAGUUUGAGCCGCAGAGACAUGCAGCAGUCUCUGGAGGCUCUGGUCCAGCUGCUGGAGUCCUAUAGGGGAAGAGAUAAAGUUAUCAGGACGGUGUGUUAUGGCUCGCAGCUUGUUGGAGGAUUUCUUUCUCGUCAGGCAGAAACAGAUGUUUCUUUCCAGCGUCUCGGGAAGAGUCUGCUGCUGUUUUCAGCUCAGCUGAGCCAGUGCAGGACGGUGCUGAGGCUGUUUGACGAUCUCGCCAUGCUGGCCUACUCCCAAAGCUACGGCUUUGGAGCCACGGAGGAGGACUCAGGCGUACGUUGGAUAUCGGUGCUGACCAACGUGGCCGACCAGCUCUACUACCCCUGUGAACACGUCGCGUGGGCUGCUGAUGCUGAGCUCAUCAGAGUGAAGUCUGAUAAGUGGUGGCUGCUUAGCACCGUGCUGUGGGGAACCUCGCUGCUGCUGGGAAUACUCAGGUCACUCCGUGUUCUGGUGCUGCUGAGGAAGAAGCUGAAGACUUGUGGGAGUGACCAAGAUGAAAACAGUCGCUCUCAGCUCCAGAGACAGAUGCAAGAGGAAUUUCUCUCCAUCAUCAGCAACAUGGCUGACCUCAGUAAUGCCAUUCACUGGAUGCCACCCGGCUUCCUUUGGGCGGGUCGAUUCCCAAACUGGCUGGUUGGGCUGCUGGGCACAGUAUCAUCACUGAUUGGUUUGAUGCGGUGACCAGACAGACCGCACAUAAUCUACCUCAUAGUGAGGAACAGGUGAGAUAUCUUGACCAGCACUGAAGCAAUGUCUUGCAGUGUAUUGUGGGAAAAGCUCUGUCAAAGGCAUUGUUGCAGAUCAAAAGCGUUGUGGCAGAUCAUAAAUGUGGUGAGCUGACUUCUCUUCUGCAGUCUCACUGCAAGUAAAAUCAUCUGGGCUUACUGUAUAACUGCACACUUAAUUGAAAACUGCAAUAGUGUGAUGAUGAUGAUGAUGAUGAUGAUGAUGAUGAUGAUGAACAACACAGUGUUUAAUCAGUUUCUAACUGUCUUUGUACAGUAUAGGACACCUACUAUUUUUUGUUCUUGGAUGCUGUUGUAGUGCUGGUUUCCCAAUGCUACAACUUUAUUACCUGAGGAGGACAGGAACUCUUAAGUUUGCAUCUGUGUUUGUUUGUAUGCAAAAUCGACCAAGACUACAUCCAUCAGUCAGGCUCAGUGAUGAUUUUACUGUACAUCUAGUUAAAGUUUAUGUGCAGAGAAGAUGGAGAGUAACACUAAGCCUCAGUCUGUCCCUCUAGGUCUGUACAUCAGUAGCUAAAAUGGGAAAAGUAAUGAAUGUGUUAAAAUAUUGAUGUUAUAUGUUGAAAUUCCGGAUACCUUUUAAGAUUACUACAUGAUUGUAAAAGCCAUAUGUCCCAUACACUAAUUUUAAGAGCUGUAAAAAAACUAUUGCAGUGCAACAUUGUAAAUAAUACAAUGCCUCGAAGAUUUUAUUUUGAAUAGCACAUGAACGUUUCAUGCGAUAAUGUGUUAUAAUAAAAAAGUGAAACAGU